AUGGCACUUCGAUCGCUUCGACUUGCUGCAUCCGUGCGCCAUGUGCGCCUCCAUCGACUUGGCCUGCGCCACUGGUCAGCUUUCACCUGGCUCAGCCAGGGCUUGACGGAGACGGUGACCGCGAAGGGCCGCUUGAGGCCAAACCUCCACCGGCUCCCGGAGGACCAGUGGCUCCUCUUUGAAGGAGCUGCUGGGAGCCAGCACCUCCAAAGGAAGGAGGAGACUUUCGCGUCGCCAGAAAGGGAGAAGUAUCUGCUCCACACCCCUUCUUCGGCUGGAGCCCAGGCAGAGGUAUUAGAUAUGCUGCUCGAGUACUUGCCCAAAAGGUAUCCCCAACACUUCUGCGUCUCUGCAGUCUCUGCAGCGUGCGAUGGCUCUGCUAAAUUUGGGCCAGACACCACGGUGACUGUGUCCGCCUGUGACUGGCACAUGCAGUACAGGGUCGGAGACUUUUCUGAGUGCCCGAUUGAGCUGGCAUCUCGCCUUGUCUGUGAGGAUCUCGUGAUUCUCCAGGACGGAGUGGUUUGUGCUGGAUCGGUAAUGUUCAGCUUCAGCCGUUUCCAUGACCGGUUUGGAAUGGACAUGAACGAAAUACAUGCCAAAGUUCCGCAGUAUGGGUCGGACUUGGAGAAGCCAGUAAAUAGAAUAUUUUCAUCGCUGUCGCCGGAUCGCCCGCUCUGUCGCAGCAACUGGAACAUCUCAUGGAGCGACGACAUAAUGGCAGUCUACAGCCGCUAUCCGCACAGAAACCCUGGAAUGUCAGCAGAGGAGCGGGAUGCUUGCUUGACGAGCCUGCGGCACGCUGCGCAUUCACAUGGGCUUGCAGACAGCGCGUGGCUGAAGGUAGAAUACCAAACGUUGAGGCGUCUAGUGGCAAACCCAUCCUGCAUCCUGUUUACGAUUCGCACCUUUCUCAACUCCUUCGCCGAACUUCCCAAUGAGCCGGCUGCGGCAAGGUCUCUGCUGUUGAAUCUGCAGCAGUUGGAAGGCAGAGACUUUAGCAAAUACCUCGGCAUCGAUGACCCGGGCAUUUACAUGUUGGUCAAAUCGUUUGUGGAAGACGCAAGCUCUUCCACUUCUUGA